UAACACAAUAGGUCUAAAUAUAUUAAUACAAAAUAGCAUCUAUACAUACUGUAAAAUACAUUUUAAAAAGUAGUAAUAAGCAUUAAGACAUAUUAAAGAGAUUUUAUUCAUAUAUAUAUAUAUCUACAAUAAAAAGUCCAAAUGUUGUAAAUAGUUUUAAUUAAACAACACAGGGGACAUAAAUAUAUAUAUAUAUAUAUAUAUAUAUAUAUAUAUAACUCAUCACAGUUGAACCGUAAACAGAACAAAGUCAUUAAACUCCAUGACAACCAUACUGUAGAACUUAUCGUUGUCAUAGAGACAUUAUGACAUCACAAUCGGUGCCUAUAAAACGCUCAGCCAGAUGAAACUGGUAUCAUUUGACUGAUCUGAACGCUUGCCUUUGGUUGACUCCGAACGCUACUGUACAGAUUAUCAAGUGAAUUUGCAGACUUUCAAAAAGUUCGCAACUUUAAACUGCUUGACGCACUGUGUACGGACAGACAGUUUACUUAGAUUUCAACCCUCUGUGAACCGAGUCUAAGCACAGUUAAGUCUGCAGUUAUCUUUUCACAUCAUGUUUCGUCCUGUAACACCAUUGUCCGACAAGGACAUGGAAGGAGCAGAUGUUGAAAAUAUGGAUCUGCCGAAUGCUGUGCCGAACUUUGACUAUGUCCCUGAUUUCGGACUUUCGUCACAAGUCGGGCGCGCUGCCGGUUUAAAUCCAUUUGAAGGAGGAGAGGAGGAGGAGGAGAUGGUGGAUGUUUAUCCAACACAUGAGGCGAAACGCCAAAAAGUGUUGGGAUGGAGAUGUGAUGAUGGUGGAAUGGAUUUUGUCCUACCAAGUGCGGUCCCUGACAUUGUCCCGAACAACGGACAUUUGUUAGACAGACGCGCCGGGAGUUCACAUCCACGAGGAGGAGUAAAGGAGUUUACUCCUGCAUUUGAGGAGGCGAACAGCCCCACAGAAAAAUGUGAGAAUAAAUUAUUGAAAUCAUUAAAGAAGGGAUGGAAUAUUGUAAGGCGCCCAUUCCUUCAUAAUGAUAAAGUGGAAACACUGAUUCCUUCAGAGCUUAAUGCACAUUCAGCUAAUCCUAAUGUAAAGGAUGAUGCUGGUCUGGCGAGCUCUGAAUUAAACAAUAAGAUCAAACCGGAAAAACAACGAAUGGCAUUCUUUGACUGUCUCUGGAGGGGCAAGGUGGAGUCAGUGCCGACUCCCCUGCUUAAAGCGGAUCCAGCUAUCCCUGAUGUUAGGGAAGUUGUUGAUCUUGCAUCACAGUCAAAGACCUACGUUGGUCCGAAGAAACAGAAACAAAAGGCUUCAAAGAGCCGCAAAUCUAACCUCCAGGGAGAAAAAGUGACUGUUGUGCCAACUCAACAGCCCAAGGCUAUUUCAGAUAUUCCUGUUGGCAUGGAUGUUCCUGCUCUGGCCGGCCCCCAAUCAAAACCAAAGAUUCGUCCGGAUAAAUGCAUGACAUUGACGCAACGCUUCUUUGGAUGCUUCCGGAGGGGCAAAGUGGAGUCGAUGCCGACUUCACAGAUUGAGGCCGAUCCAGCUAUCCCUGAUGCCAGGGAAGUUGUUGAUCUGGCAGAUUUUCAAUCGAAGAGUGUUGGCUUAAAGAAACAAAAACAAAAGGCUUCAAAGAGCCGCUCAUUUCACAACCCUUGGAGUAAAAAAGGGAAGAGUAAAGUGAAAAAAGAUGCCGAUCCAGCUAUUCCUGAUGCCAUGGAUGGUGCGGAUCUGGCCAGUUUUGGUGGCAUCGCUGCAGCCAAUGCCAGGCUACAGACGUUAGGUGCCAUUCCAGAGAAUAUUGGGUUAAAAGGUGGUGGAAAUCCUGACCCAAAUAAAGCAAAAAAUCCUGGGUCAAAAGAUGUUGGAAGUCCUGAGGCAAAAGGUGGUAAAAAUCCCAGGCCAAAAGCUCUUAAAGCUCUAGAAAAUCCCAGACAUCCCUUGCCAGAAGAUUUUGAGGAUCCUAUCCCAGCGAGAUUUAAAACUCGCAGACGAAAAUUUGUUGGAAAACCCGCAAUAGGUUGGAUUCGUAACCCAACUAAAUUUAAAAUUACCCCACCAAAAGUCCUUGAAAAUCCCAGAGAACCCUCGCCAGAAGAUGAUAAAGUUGUCAGGCCAAAAGUUAUAGAUGUUGUUCAACAAGCUGUUGAACCGCCAAGCGAGAAGAAACGAGUUAAUCGCUCAUUGCUUAGAGAGCCUUUUGAUUCUGAAUAUCAACUUUUGUAUCAAGUGCUUGGGGAAGGGUGCGGUGGCAGAGUGUACAAAGGGAUCCGGAUAUCGGAUGACACUCCGGUUGCCAUCAAGCAAAUAAACAAACGAAAGUAUGAAAGCACUCUUCAGAUUCCUGGAUACCCCAAACCACUUAUUACAGAAGUGGCGCUGCUGCUUAAGUUAGGAGAAGCGCCCUCAUGCCCCAAUGUCAUACAGAUGUAUGACUGGUACGAGACUAAACACUUUUACACGCUCGUGUUGGAGUACCCACUGCACAGCGUAGUCCUUGUGGGAUUUUGUUACAAGUCAUAGAGGACUUAGUGAAAAUACAGCAAGACAUCUCAUGCGUCAGGCGGUACUGGCAGUGCAACACUGUCUGGAUAAUGGAGUUUUUCACACCGACCUCCAUGCCAAGAACUUCUUGGUGCAGCAAUCAACAAUGACCCUGAAGUUAAUUGACUUUGGGGCUGGACAUUAUCUGACGCAUGAGGAAUAUAAGACCUUCGACUUUAUAGGAGCUCCAUGUUGCAGCCCGCCUGAGAUCUACACGACUAAGAAAUACCACGCCGUGCCAGCAAACGUCUGGGCCUUAGGUUCUGUGCUGUACUUCAUGGUGCAUGGAGAUUACUCUAAUUUAAAGAACUUUUAUUCCGGGAAUCUGCAGACAACUGAGAAGGAUUUAUCAAAGGAAAUCUAUGAUCUGUUAAGUUGGUGCCUGGCCCUGAAUCCAAGUGAUCGUCCGACGCUCAAGGAGAUCUUAGAUCAUGACUGGUUUAAAACUGAGUCUGACGAAGAAGAGCUACUCGUAUACAAAAUGAGUGCACUAUCCACGGAAAAGUAAGAAGCUGAAUGACUGAAGGAGAGGGAAAUGAUUAAAGAUGCUGUUUUCAUCAUCCUGAGACUUUCUACAACCAGAAACCAUUACAAGAGAGACGAGACAUUAUUUAAAACAGGAAUUUCUCAGGAGUAACACAUUUUUAGGAACUUUCUGCAUAAUGUUGUAUUUCAGACUUCAUGAACACAGACCGCUGGCUGAACAUCUGAUGCAGAUCCUGUCUCAUCCUUGAACACAUUAAAAAAAAAUUUAUUCUUAAUGUUUUUAUAUUUUAAAGUUGUAUAAUAAAGUAUCUAAUAUAUAUUA